GUGAUCAAGAAUAAGCGGACUUUACCGAACCUCCAAUGAGAGAUUCUGAUCUUCUAUUCGAUAAAAUGAAAAGGUUGCAAACUUUCGGAUGGCUAGCAAGCCCAGUCCCAGCCAGCCCCCAAUGUUACAGCAUGCAAACCCCCUGAACCAAGCUCCUCGGGGGACGAGCGGCAAAUCAUCCUUCCAAUGUCUGCGCCACGAGAAGGAAAAACUCCAUACCUCAUCGGAAUACCGUCCAACCCUCGAUACCUUCGUAUCAUGGUGCUUGUUGUAGUUUGACGAGAAGAAUCGCGAUGAAAUUCGAGCGUGAUGAGAGGCUUGUAGAUGUUCUUUAUGAGCUUGCCAGGAGACAAUUCGUGAGUACAGGUCCGGGAGAAAUUGGCUUGACGUCCUGCGCUGGCACAUCGCGAGCGCUUACUUUCAAAGGCUGCAACAAAACUGACGAUAGCGUCAACAGGAUGUAAAUGCAUCAGACCCGCGAGUAGGGAGUGCUCGUAAUAAUGCAACAUCUACUUCGGCCCUGAAGGGCCUUGCACUAACAAAUUCUGCAUCCUUCUUCGCGCUUUUUAUGACAUUUGUUCCCGUCGCCGUUUAUGCCGUUGUGUGUAUUGUGAUAUUUUUCGUACUUCGUCGAAAAUAUCCGCGGGUUUAUUCCCCGAGGACAUUUCUUGCGAGUUUGGAUGUUGAGUAGGUUGUCCUCGAAAAAUAGAUAUGAAAAGUUAAUAUGAUGAAAAUACCAAAUAGCUAACACCCCAAUAGUGACAGGUCGCCGGCGCUACCCAGUGGAUGGUUCAACUGGAUUAAGCCAUUCUAUGAAACUCCGGAUACGGUAGUUUUAAAUCAUUCCUCUCUUGAUGGAUUCUUAUUCCUUCGAUUUUUGAAGGUUCUGUGUGUGAUAUGUGCAGUUGGAUGUAUCCUUACCUGGCCUACUCUUCUUCCAUACCAUGCACUUGGGGGAGGAAACAAUACGCAGCUUGAUCAGUUGACAUUUGGAAAUGUAAAAAAUCCAAGUUGGUUUUAUUUACAUGCGUUUCUAGCUUGGUUAUUUUUUGGUGCGGAUCCCUUCAUUUUUGAAGAUGAGUUACUGAUGAUCCUAGGUUUCAUCCUCUAUAUGGUUUCCCGAGAAUGUGUUUCUUUCAUCAGUCUUCGCCAGGCUUAUUUGCUUUCGCCACUAUAUGCAAAUCGACUUUCGUCACGAACUGUAUUGUUCACCUGUGUUCCGCAGCAGAUACUAGACGAAAGGAAACUUCGAAGGGUGUUUGGAGAUAGUGUCAAGAAUGUCUGGCUUCCACAAGAUACGGAAGAUCUGGAUCUGUUGGUCAACGAACGAAAUCAGACAGCCGCUCGACUGGAGAAAGCGGAAAUACAAUUGAUCAGAAAGGCCAAUGCUGCAUACAGAAAGGCAGUUGCAAACGGGCAUCCUGCUACUGGUUCGAGGCAAGAGCCUGCUGAAGGCGAAAUGAAGAAAGGUCCGGACAUGACAGUUACGGAGACUGCCAAAAGUUCAAUUUCAUCACCCCCCAUCUCUCCAAUGAGCCCAACAGCACCGACUCCUGAGACACCGGGCGAGUUCCAUCGUUCAGAAGGAACACCAAUUCUGGGCUCAGGAUAUAAGCCGGAUGGUCCACCGCCGGAUAUCAAUGGUUCGGUUGCUGCACAAUGGAUUCCAUACAGCCAAAGACCAAUCCAUCGACCAAUCGCAAAUUACGGAAGAAGGGUGGAUACAAUCAAGUGGACUCGAAAUCGAUUGAAAAAGCUUGGUCCUGAAAUUGGUAAACUUCGAAGCAAAUACCGGAAGAGGAAAGGGAUACCGAUUCCUGCUGUAUUUAUCGAGUUUCAUACUCAAGUCGAUGCACAAAGUGCGUAUCAAACACUUGCCCAUCACCGAGCGAACCACAUGAGACCAGAAAUUGUUGGUGUUCGACCUGAAGAAAUAUACUGGCCAGCUUUGCGCAUGCACUGGUGGGAAAGAAUAAUGCGAAGAUUCUUGGUGCAAGGUUUUAUUGCGGCAACGGUUAUUUUCUUCGCUAUGCCAGCUGCGUUGGUUGGGAUUAUCUCAAACAUCAAAUUUCUCAUCGAUAAGGUGUUUUUCCUAGCCUGGAUGGCAAAAUUACCAUCUCCCGUGUUAGAUUUAAUAUCCGGAUUGCUCCCCCCAGUCGCUUUAGCGUUGCUCAUGGCAGUUGUGCCAAUGAUUUUAAGAGGUAAGCUGUAGAAAGAUACAAUUUCUUACCUCAUACUAAUCAUUAUUAGUAUGCGCUAGACAAUCUGGUAUUGCCACCGAAUCUAAAGUUGAAUUGUUCGUUCAAAGUGCAUAUUUCAUAUUCCAAAUAGUACAGGUCUUCCUUAUUACGACCCUCACAUCAGCCGCUUCCGCUGCGAUUCUCGAUAUCAUCAAGAAUCCUUUAUCCGCAAGAGAACUCCUCUCUGCGAGUCUUCCAAAGGCGUCAAAUUUCUACAUCUCUUAUUUCAUUCUCCAGGGACUUGCUAUGAGUGCAAAUAGGAUUGUCCACCUCGGUAGUGUUUUUCGACUUGUCGUCAUGGCAAAUACCGGGUUCAAUCCAAAACUUCGAUCAGCCAAGCACAACCGACUGAGAAAGAUCCAUUGGGGAAGUGUAUACCCAGUUUUCACGAACAUGGGUGUCAUCGGUACGCCCCAUAAUUCUCUCUUCAUGCUGGGACUCCUGUUAAUCGUUGCUAGCAAUCUCAUAUUCCCUUAUCGCACCCGUCGUUUUGGGCGUUGCGACAAUUGGGCUGUUCCUCGUCUACCUAAGCUACAGAUGGAAUUUAUUAUACAUAUAUUCCUCUGAACGUGACACUCGAGGAUUACAUUACCCCCGGGCACUGAAUCAAUUGCUUACUGGAGUCUAUCUCGCGGAGAUAUGUCUUCUUGGGCUGUUCGGUGUUAAGGGAUCAUAUGGACCUUUGGUUCUGACAUUUGGCCUCGUUCUCUUUACGACCUUGGUACACAUCUCGCUCAAUGAUGCGUUAGGCCCACUAAUAUACAAUCUCCCCCGGACUGUGGCAGCAGAAGAAGCCCUACGACAAGCCGGCAACAACCCAAUCGAUGCAUCAAAUCUCGCAGACAAGAACGAUGCUUUCGAAGACCACGAUACCGAGAUGCAACAAGAGGUCGGCUACGACUCAGAUUUUGACCCGUCCGAUCCAGCUGGACAAGUCAGUCACGGAGUCCAAAGUUCACGCGGAAUUAAAGACGUCGAAGGUGUAGAAGGAGCAGUGAAACUCGGAAGAACAACAGCAUCGUCAUGGUUGAAGAACAAAUACACAUCUUCGCCAAUCCCUGCCCUCAUAUCAGAAAUUGACUUCUGGACAUACUGGAUCAGUCCCAAUCCAAACCAGAAACCUAAUAUAAUCCUGAAAUUUCUACACCCGGAAAUCUUCCAAGAUUUCCAUAUUUUGCGUCAACAAAUUCCAGAUGAUCUUAUCCCUGAUCAUGCUUAUGAGGAGAGUGUGCUGAGGGAUGCGUUCUGUCCACCUAGUAUGAGGAAUCGAGCCCCAAGGUUGUGGAUUCCAAGAGACGAGGCCGGAAUUAGCAGGCAAGAGAUCGCGCAUUGUGGGAAGGUUAUUGAGAUUACGGAUCAGGAUGCCUGGUUGACUGAGAAGGGGGCGGUUAAGGUUGAUUGUGAGGGAGAAACUAGUAGAUGGGUUGUUCGGGAUUGGGAGAGGGUUAAGUUUUGA